CUGUGCAUAGUGCUUGUGCGAACGAACGGUGACGGAACGGAAUUGAAUUGGCCAGGCAGGCAAGGCAGGCUUCUCAUUCGCGAGCAGAAUAAGUUAUUGAUUUGCCAUAGUGCUAACCGGACCGAUUGUGUGACGACGACGGCGACGGAACACUUGCUAGUUAGUUUGAAAAGAGAAUAAUUCCGGGAAUCGGGCUUUCACGGUACAAUUAGGAUGGUUCUAGGGUGCCCCGAAAUCAGUUGACCAGUUGCGGAUUUUGGUGGCUGGCUAGUGUCCCCGAGAAGGCAAUCGCAAGUCUAGGAAAGAUUUGCAUAUCCCCGGAGUUGACAAUUAGCAAGUUCUUCUGAUUGAGAGCCAGGAGCAGUAGAAUAUCGAUCCUUCCCCCAGAAAAGCAGCCGGAACGUCGACAGGAAUGUGAAGUAAUCAUUCGACAUACUCCCGGUGGUUCCAUUGAGGUAACCUUUCUUGGAAAUACACCCAGCAGAGUGUAGUGUGUACACACCGAGUGGGUUCUGCUGGAAGCAAAAGGGGGGUCUGCUGGCCACAACCCGAUACGAAGAGGAAUGUGCCAAGGGUGUGGGGAGCCACGAAGAAAAAUCCAAUAAAAGAAAAGAGUUUGUGUAUUAGUUUAGCGUCUUGCGUGGCGAGAAGAAAGUGUGAAAGAAAGCUAUUACACUCUACAAGCGAAUAGAGCGAAGCAAGAGGCAACAACACAGCAAAGUCUAGUUUCACUUCCCCGCGACCGAUUAGUUAGCUGGCCCCUACUAAGUGGCGGGCAGCAGAAAAUUGCAUUUCUAGUGCCCCAGUACGGAAUCGGUCCCAUGCCCAAAAGUAAAGUGGGUGUAUGUGUGUUUGAGUGAAUGUGUCGUGCAACACCUAUCCUAGAAGUGCUUCUCCGUUUUUCAUUCAGUAAAUAAUAAUAAUAAUCCUCGAAAGCGACGGCGAAAACGGUAUCACGGAGUCUUGCCCAAGGAAAAUCAAAUUAACAACCGACCAACACGGAAACCGGAAGCUAACGGAAGGUAACGUUCGAAGAUGGCUUCCGGUGACACAGCGGCGAUCGAUACGAUCGAUGUGGACGCGGCCACCACGCUGUCGACCAAGAACUCCGAGUUCACGACCAGCAGCAGCGGCUACCAGAAGGACUCGCUGCCGGAUCACGACGAAUAUGGAAAAUUCAUUAAGGAUCCGACCGGAAAGCAAAUCCUACUGGACGGUAUGUCCGGAGAUGCGGCACUGGUCGGCCGGCCCGGGCGGCCAAAAUCGGACAAGGAACGCAAAAUCGGUCACCGGAGGGUGGGCGAGGGCGGCGAGAUUACCUACAAAAAAAUCCAAACCACCCAAAUCAUGGGUUCGAUCCAGCUGGGCAUCCAACAUACCGUGGGCAGCCUGGCAUCGAAACCCCGACGAGAUCUGCUGAUGAUGGACUUCUGGGAGCUGGAAACGAUAUCAUUUCCCCCGGAGGGUUCCAGCAUGACUCCCGCCCACCACUUUAGCGAGUUCAAGUUCAAAAUCUAUGCUCCAAUAGCGUUUAGGUAUUUUAGGGAUCUGUUCGGGAUUCAGCCGGACGAUUUUAUGAUGUCAAUGUGUUCAGCUCCACUACGGGAGCUCUCGAAUCCCGGCGCCUCCGGUUCGAUUUUCUAUCUAACCGAUGACGACGAGUUCAUCAUCAAGACUGUACAGCACAAGGAGGGUGAAUUUUUGCAAAAACUGUUACCAGGAUACUACAUGAAUCUGAACCAGAACCCCCGGACGCUGUUGCCGAAGUUUUUCGGGCUCUACUGCUACCAGUGCAAUAGCAAAAACGUCCGGCUGGUGGCCAUGAACAAUCUGCUGCCAUCGUACGUGAAAAUGCAUUUGAAGUACGAUCUGAAGGGAUCGACGUACAAGCGGAAGGCCAACAAAGCGGAGCGCACGAAACCGUCGCCCACCUACAAGGAUCUGGACUUUAUGGAGCACCACCCCAACGGAAUCUUCCUGGAGGCGGACACCUGCAACGCGCUCAUCAAAACCAUCCAGCGGGACUGCCGGGUGCUGGAGUCGUUCAAGAUCAUGGACUACUCGCUGCUGGUCGGCGUCCACAAUCUGGACCAGGCCCUCAAGGAGAAACAGGAAGCGGCGGCCAAAGCCAAAUCGGAAGGCGAAUCCGACUACGAGGACGCACCGGAAGCGGACCAGUACAUGGUGCAGGAACGGGAGGAACAGCGAACGACGGCACUAAACCGAAGCAGGAACACUACCUACGGAAAGCUACUCAUUAGGUCCAUCAACCGACAACGGCUUGUUGCCCAUUCGACAGCAAUGGAAAGUAUUCAGGCCGAGAGUGAACCGAUCGACGAGGAAGACGAUGUACCACCCGGUGGUAUUCCCGCGCGCAGCGAAAAGGGCGAACGACUCCUCCUGUUUAUCGGUAUCAUCGAUAUCCUGCAGUCCUAUAGGUUAAGAAAAAAGCUGGAACACACCUGGAAAAGUAUUAUACACGAUGGCGAUACCGUAUCGGUACACCGGCCCUCGUUCUAUGCACAACGCUUUCAGGAUUUUAUGGCCAAAACCGUUUUCAAGAAAAUUCCAUCCCUGGAUCUUCCCGAGAUAAAAGGCAAUCAUAGAAAGUUUCGCACGUUGGUCACCAGCUAUAUAGCGCUUAAACAUUCGCCGUCUAAGAGAAAAAGCCUCUCGAAAGCAGCGCAGAAAACUAAAAGCGAAGAAAGCGAUAGUCAACCCGUGGCCGGAAGUUCACAUCAUCAUCACCAUCAGCAGCAGCAACAGCAACAACAACAGCAGCAACAGCAACAUCAACAGCUGGCAGCUCAGGCGCAUUUCAAUCAACAUGGUACACCAAAGUCGGACAUGGACACGGCGUCAACUGGGCACACGAUAACGACGUCAUCCAGUAGCAGCGUCGGAGGUGGACCACCCACUAGCAACGGAAGGGGAGAAGCAAGAGCCGGCAAAAUGGCGGCCUCGGCUAUUGAUGGAGCAGGAUCGGCGAUGGCGGCAAUACCGCCGCUCAAAAAGAAAACGACCAUCGUGAAAGCUAGCGUUCCGCCCCCGGUUCCUCCCCGGGGUUCACCGAAAAUGAGCAAAGGAGGCUUGCGGGGAGGACCCAGCCCGAGUCAGUCGAGUGCCAGUGCUGGCGCUGGGGGGCAUCGGGGACGAUCCAGUGCAGGCACAUCUCCUUCCUGUUCUUCCACCCCUCCACCCGCUUUUGACGAUAUCUCCGAACACGGUAGCAGUAGUCAUCGGCACUCGUCGGAGGACAAAUCCGGAGGCAGUGGUGGUGGCGGUGCCCGUCUAGGUGGGGGCGGCGGCGGCGGCGGUGGGGACAGUGGCGUCGGAAGCGGAGGCGGAAGCGUCGAUCGGCGGAACAACUCCUGCCGGAGUGACAACUAUAAGGAAGACUCGAUAAGUAUAUCAGAAAUAAGAUUAGAAAGUCAUUUAGCAGUCGAAUCGUCAUCCAAUAGCAACUACGGAUCUAGGGGUGCCCUGGCGUGGACCCCCCCAGCCUCGGUCGAGGGCUCGACGCCGACGUGGACGGAAGGGACGCCCAGCUUCACCGAGUCCAGUUCCAGCGGCGACAUCGGAACAUUCUCAGGCCACUCAUCUCCCCUGCACGCGACCCUGUCGGAUCGGGACCGCCACAAGCCAACGGUGGAGAAGGCCCUCAACUCGCUCACAUCCGAAAUGGAAAAUCUCAGAUAUCAAGUAGAUUACGAUUACAAUUGAAAAAGAGCUGGACGAAUCUCACUCUUCGGCCAACAACAGCUAGUCUCCAAAUUGUUGAUAGGUUAUACCGUAGUAGUUUGAAAAUGAAGAGAAAAACAAACCAAAUCAAAUGAAUAAUAUCAAAAUAAUCGUGAGAGAGAGUUAGGUUAAAAUUGAACAAAACAUCACAGGUCAGACACUCGAUUCAACAACAAUCAUAACACACUGUUACACACUACACUCAAACUGAAACACUUAACAGUUGUUGUACAAAGUUAGGGUACAUAAUGUGGAAAAAAAUAACCAAAUCUAAUAAUAACUUAGUUAAGCCGAUGAUGUUAAACGAAGUAAUGGAAACAAGAAAUAAAAAAAAACACAAAUCUCAAUAAGCAAACCAAUGCAACCUAGUUGAUGUAGUUUAAAAAAAAAAACAAAAAAAAAAUCAAACGAUUUAAACCGGAAUGUGUAAAUACAUGUUGAUGCAAAUAUGUAAUGUAGAAGUAAAAAUAUCGAAAACAUCCCAAUGUGACGCAAAAUUUAAAAAAAAAAACAACAACAACCGAAAGUGGUAGAAAAUCUCGAGUAGACCUCAUUCUAGGAGCAAACAUAUAAAAUUGAAAAAAAGAAAAACCGGAAAAAAGUAAUACUCGAAAUAUACUCGAAAAUUAAUUAGAACACAUUCCAUUUUAAGAUCCUCUCGUUCGAGUUUCGUUCAGAUCAAAUCAAAUGUGGAAAAUCCUGCAUGUUUGAAAAUCAAUGCUUGAGUUUUAUUUGGGUUCGGGAAUUUCAGGUCGAUUUAUUGUCGACCUGAAAAAUCAAAAUAUUUUUUUCAUCUGUUAAAAAAAAAACUCAAAAUAAUCUCAGAAGAAAGUAACUUUCUUGCUCUCAAAUGUGCAAUUUUUUUUUGUAGCUACCUAGUUGAUCGUGUAGGAUUUGAGUUUUCGUUUAUGCUACUUAAAAAAAUAUGAACUUGCAAUGUUUCAAUCUUAUAAAAGUUCAGAAAAAUCGGGAGGUUGAUUUCUAUCAUUAAAGAUUUCAUUUAAGACAAUCAGCUUAGUUUCGUCAUUUCGAUCCGCCAUCAUCAAACAUUUCUGGUCACAAAAUCAAAAAAUGAAACAAAAACUUAACUCUCAACUACUGAACCAGCGAUGAUUAGUGAAAGAAAAUGUGUCAAAAUGAUUGUGUAAAGAAAAGAAAACAAACAAGCAGUUAAUAGAAGAUAAAAAAAUAUUGUCUCGAGCAAGAGUGAGAAAUGGGAAGCUAGCAUAGGUAUAUUGAAGGUUUAAAAAAAUAAAGCGGAAACAAUUAUAGACUGGUUGCAAACGUUAUAAUUUAGUUGAACGAAAGCUAAAGGAAAAAAAACGAACUAAAAACACAAAAUGGCGCUCGGUUGUUGGAAAUUAAAAAAAGCUAAUAAUUUCUGUUAAGCUUUUCAAUAUUUUUACGCAAAAAUAGUCUUGAUUUAGUCUCAUUUUUUAAAUCUUGACAAAAACAUUCAUACAGAUGAAAAUUGCUAAAGAUUUAGAUUUUUUUUAGUUAUUCAAAACUUCAAUGCAUUCCAAAUUAGAUCGGAUUCAAAAUUUGAAUUCUUGAAAAAUCAAUCGAAUCCAAUUUUUAUAAGAUUCAGAACUCCAACGGAUUAAGAAAUUCAACAAAUUCAAAACAACAUUCAAAACCAGGGAGCAGGGAUUGAAAUGCUCUUUGCUCAAGCGGUUGAGCAUCAAAGCUCAUGCAGCCAGGGUUGCCAUUUUUUUUAAAUUUAGAGAUAUGGAAAAUAAAAAUCAGGAUUCAUGGCUUAACGGAGAUUUCGGUCAUAUUUACAAAAAAUCCGGAGAAAUUGGACUUAUUUCCAAAAAUCAGGGAAAAACGAAAGCUUUUCAGAUUAUCAGGUUGGGCCUCCGAAAUCAGCCAAAUCCUGAAAAAUCAGGCCCAUUGGCAACCCUGCUUGCAGCUCAAGAGCGAAGAAAGCGGAGAGCCAAUUUUCUCCCAUCAAUGAUUAUCAAAAUGAAUGUUAUUGCAAUAGUAAACAGGAUGGAUUCAAUUGAUGUCUAUUGACAAUUUGCGCAAAAUUUUCGAAAAAUAAAGCUUUUGUAGUUACUGAAGCUGGUAAUUUUCACUUGUUACAAAACCCUCCAACAUUGAUUUUUAUAAAAUUUGCGGACAAGCGCUUUCAAAUGACGUUUUUUCGGACGAAUUCAGAACUCAAAUGAAUUGAGAAAUACUAGUUGAUUCAAAAUUAAAUCGGAUUCAUAAAUCAUUCGAAUCCGAUUUCAGAUCAGAAUGAGAACUUGAAUAAAUAUAAAAAUCUGGGGAUGUUCGAACGGAUUCAAAAUUAGAUCGGAUUCAGAUGAGAUUCAAAUCUUGAACGGUUUCAGGAAUCGAUUUUUUUAAAUAUUAGAUUUGUUUCAGAAUUCAACAUUCGAAGGAAGUUUAAUAAAAAUUCAAAUUAACUUCUAACAAUAUCCAACUUAACCAAAAUUAGAUCUGUUUCGGAAAUUCGGACAGAUUCCUCCGAAAUCCAUUACAUUCAGAAUGGUAUAAUUCAGAACUACAACGUAGUCAAAAAUCAUUUGAAUCCGAUUUGAGAUCACAAUGAGAACUUUAAUGAAUAUAAAAAUCCGUGGAAGUUCAAACGAAUUCAAAAUUAGAUCAGAUUCAGAAAAUUAAACCGGGUUCAAAUCUUGAAUGGAUUCAGGAAUCCAUUUUUUUUUCAAUAUUAGAUUUGUUUCAGAUCUCGAACGAAUUCAACAUUCGAAGGAAGUUAAAUAAAAACUCAAAUUAACUUCUAACAAUAUCCAACUAAACCAAAAUUUGAUCUGUUUCGGAAAUUCGGACAGAUUCCUCCGGAAUCGAUUACAUUCGGGAUGGAAUUCAGAACUGGAACAUGAAAAAUUCCUGCUUAUUCUAACCUCGAAGAAGUUAUGAAAGCAUUCAAAUGUAAAAUUAGAUCAGAUUCAGAUGGGUUAAAAAAUAAACGGAAUUUAGAAUCCGAAUUGAGAAAUACUAGUUGAUUCAAAAUUAAAUCGGAUUCAAAAAUCAUUCGUAUCCGAUUUCAGAUCAGAAUGAGAACUUGAAUAAAUAUAAAAAUCUGUGGAUGUUCGAACGGAUUCUUAAUUAGAUCGGAUUCAGAAAAUUAAUUCAGAUUCAAAUCUUGAACGGUUUUAGAAAUCAAUUUUUCUAGUAUUAUGCCGAAUGAAUUCAACAUUCGAUCGGAUUCAAAAUUCGAACAAAAUAAAAACUCAAAUUAACUUUAAAUAAGAUCAGAUUUAAUUUGAGAACGGAUUAAACAAUCAAUGAAAUCGAAAAUAAGAUUAGAUUCAAAACUCGGUCUGAUUCCGAAACCAAAUGAAUUCAAAAUUAGAUCGAAUUUAGAAAUAAACCGAAUGCAAAGUUAGAUCAGAUUCAAACUCGAACGGGUUCAGAAAUUAUUAGAAUGCGAUUUUCAAAUGAAUUCAGAAUCCUUAUCCUAGAUCAAGCGAUUUAGAAUUCAUUUGAGAACUUGAAUGAAUUCAGAAAUUUAUGGAAUUCUUAAUACAAACGAGUUCUAAAUUAGAUCUGAAUUUGAUAUCAAUCUUACCCAAAAUUAGAACUCUAACCAAUUCACAAAUCAAUCGUACGCAGUACUCGAACGAAUUAAAAAUUCCGACUUAUUUUUAACUCGAGAUAGUUGUGAAAGCAUUCAAAUGUAAAAUUAGAUCUGAUUCAGAUGGGUUAAAAAAUCAAUCGAAUUUAGAAUUCUUACUGAUGGAACUCAGAAAUCAAUGUUAAUCAAAAUUCUAACGAAUUGAAAAUAAGAUCAGAUUCAUAAAUCGAACGGAUUCAAAAAUCAUUCGAACUCAGAUUUCGGACAAGUUCCGAAUUUAUAUCAAUGGAUAAUUAGAGCUGAUUCAAACGGGUCGAAAAAUCAAUCGAUUUUAGAAUUCGAAUUAAGGGAACUCAGAAACCAAUUUAAGAUAAGAUCAAAUUCAUGAAUCGGACGGAUUCAAAAAUUCUUCGAAUUCAGAUUUCGGACGGAUUCAAAACUCAAAUGAAUAAAGAAAAUUCUAGUGGAUUCUAAUAAACUCGGAUUGAGAAAUUAAUCGAAUCCGAUUUGAAAUCAGAAUGAAAACAUGAAUAAAUAUAAAAAUCCGUGGAAGUUCAAACGAAUUCAAAAUUAGAUCAAAUUUAGGAGAUUAAAUCAGAUUCAUUUUUUUUUCAAUAUUAGAUCUGAUUCAGAUCUCGAACGAAUUCAACAUUCAAACGGAUUCAAAACUCGAACGCAACACAACCUCAAAUUUACUUCAAAUAAGAUAAGAUUUAGAACGGACUAGACAAUCAAUGAAAUCGAAAAUUAGAUCAUAUUCAAAAUUCGAACAGAUUCCGAAACCAAAUGAAUUCAAAAUUAGAUCGAUUCCUGAAAUCAACCGAAUUCAAAAUUAGAUCACAUUCAAACUCGGACGGGUUCAGGAAUUAAUAGAAUGCGAUUUUCAAAUGAAUUCAGAAUCCUUAUGUUAGAUCAAGUGAUUUAGGAUCCAUUUGAGAACUUGAACGAAUUCAAAAAAUUAGAGGAAUUCAGAAUUCAAACGCGUUCUAAAUUAGAUCGAAUUUAGGAAAUGAAUUAGGACCCAAAACUUGAUCUGAUUCUAAAAUCAAUCUUAUCUAAAAUUAGAACUCGAAAGAAUUCACAAAUCAAUCGUAACCUGAACUCGAACGAACUUAAAAUUCCAACUUAUUCUAACCUCAAACUAGUAUUGAAAACACGAUGAUUUAGACGAGUUAAAAAAUCGAUCGAAUUUAAAAUUCGAAAUGAGGGAACUCAGGAAUCAAUUUAAAUUAAAAUUCUAACGAAUUCAAAAAAAGUCAAAAUCACAAAUCGGAAGGAUUAAAAAAUCAUUCGAACUCAGAUUUCUGACAAAUUCAGAAUUAAAAUGAAUAGAAGAUUAGAGCAGAUUCAAACCUGUUAAAAUAUCAAUCUAUUUCAUAAUGCGAAUUAAUGGAGCUCAGAAAUCAAUCUUAAUUAAAAUUCUAACGUAUUUAAAAUUAGAUCAAAUUCAUAAAUCGGACGGAUUCAAAAAUCAUUCAAACUUAGAUUUCGGACGAAUGCAGAAUUCAAAUGAAUCGAAAAAUUCUAGUUGAUUCAAAAUUAAAUCGGGGUCAAAAAUCAUUAGAAUCCGAUUUGAGAUCAGAAUAGGAACAUGAAAAAAAUAUAAAAAUCCGUGGAAGUUCAAACGAAUUCAAAAUUUGAUCAGAUUCAGAAAAUUAAAUCGGAUUCAAAUUUUGAACGGUUUCAAAAAUCAAUUUUUUUUUCCAAGAUUAGAUCUGAUUGAAAUCUCGAACGAAUUCAACAUUCGAACAAAUUAAAAACUCAAAUUAACUUCAAAUAAGAUCAGAUUGAAAUUUAGCACCGAUUAAACAAUCAAUGGAAUCGAGAAUUAGAUCAGAUUCAAAACUCGAACAGAUUUCGAAAACAAACCAAUUCAAAAUAUGAUCGAAUCUUGAAUUCAACCGAAUUCAAAAUUAGAUCAGAUUCAAACUUGGACGGGUUCAGGAAUUAAUAGAAGGCGACUUUCAAUCAUUCGAAUCCGAUUUAAGAUUAGAAUGAGAACAUAAAUUAAUAAAAAAAAAUCCGUGGAAAAUCAAACAAAUUCAGAUUCAGAAAUUUUUUUUCUCAAUAUUAGAUCUGAUUCAGAUCUCGAAAGAAUUCAACAUUCGAACAGAUUCAAAAUCCCAACAAAAUAAAAACUAAAAUUAACUACAAAAAAGGUCAGAUUGAAAUUGAGAACGGGUUAAACAAUCGAUGAUAUCGAAAAUUAGAUCAGAUUCAAAACUCAAGCAGAUUCCGAAACCAAACGAAUUCAAAAUUCGAACGUAUCUAGAAUUCGAAUUGUUUCACCAUCCGAACGAAUUCAAAAUUAGAUCGAAUCCAAAAAUCAACCAAUUAUCAACGAAGCCAAAAUUAGAUCUGGUUCGGAAAUUUGAACAGAUUCCUCUGAAAUCGAUUACAUUUUGAUUUGAAAGGAUUCAGAUUUGGAACAUGUUUGAAAUUGUAACCGUUUUAAAAAUUCGAUUUGAUUCAAAAUUAGAAACGAAAUCACAAUUCAAUCAAGUUGAAAUUCAGAAUUGAAUUUUUUGCAAAAAAAAAGUAAAUUCCGAUGUCGUAGAUUUACGAUUCAAGCUAAAAGGAAAGAAUCUGAGAUACAGGUAACGAUUUAAGAUUUUGUUUUUUUUUUAACCCUAGAAUUUAAUCUGUAUUGAUUUUUUUUUUCAAAUAAAUUGAGAAAUUCCAGGGGAUUCAAAAUUAAUUCCGAUUCAGAAAUCAUUCGAAUCCGAUUUAGGAUCAGAAUGAAAACUUAAAAAAAUAUAAAAAUCUAUAGAAGUUCAAACAAAUUCAAAAUUAGAUCAGCUUCAGAUAAUCAAAUAAGAUUCAAAUCUUGAACGGUUUAAGAAAUCUUUUUUUCUAAUUCAAAUCUUGAACGAACUCAACAUUCGAACGGAUUCAAAAUUGGAACAAAAUAAAAACUCAAAUUAACUUCAAAUAAGAUCAAAUUAAAAUUUAGAAUGUA